GGACUGGAUGGUAACAGAUUCGAGAAGUCGAACAAACUAGAAAGAAAAAAAAACAAACAUUGAACAUUCUUUUUCUCGUGUGCAUCGAAAGUAUGGUGGAAAUGAAAAUUGAAUUCAGCCAGGAUGAUAAAUUAGGAAGUGGUGGUUAUGGCUUAGUGUUUAGAGGGAAGUUUAAAAAUGACGGAGAUUGCCUUGCAGUAGCAGUAAAAAGAGUUUUACUAGAUAAGGUAAAUGCAAACGAAGAAAAAGCUUUGCGAGAGCUUCAGACUCAUCCAAACAUCGUCCAACUUUUCCAUUGUGAAAGCGACAUGAUUUUCAGGUACUACGCGAUGGAAUUGUGCGACGCCUCUUUGGAUCAGCUGUAUCUGAAGACGGAUGAUCCCAAAAAAUAUAACGGACCUAGGCCAUCUAAUAUCGAAGUGUUUCGUCAAUUAGCUGUUGGCCUGGCAUACAUCCAUUCAAAGAAAUUCAUUCAUCGAGACAUUAAACCAGGAAACGUGCUCAUAAAGCGACCUCCUCGUCAAGAUGAGGAGACAGUAAUCAAAUGGGCUGACUUUGGAUUGUCAAAAGACGUAAAUGAGCGGGGGACACGGACGUUGAGUGGAAUCAGAGGAACAGAUACUUGGUUCGCCCCCGAGUUCCUGGAAUUGAUCACCAACCCACUAGAUGGAGUUCAGAUUCGAUGCACCGUGAAGAGCGAUGUGUUUGUCCUAGGCCUCGUCGUCGGUUACCUUUUCUUGAACGGCAAACAUCUUUACGGUAACGGCGAGAUAGAAAUUCACGACAACAUCAAAGAAAAACGUCCGAUUAAAAUUGGAGACAUUAAAGAUGAGCUGUGCGAUUGUAAUGCGUACAACAUCUUAAGUCGAAUGUUGGAGGACGACCCUAGCAAAAGGAUCACAUCGCAGCAAGUCGUCGAUCAAUUAAAUUCCAGAGAAACUGAAUACGUUUACGAUCCGACCAACCAUCUCGAUCAUUUUCUACUCGAUCCGAAUCGGAUUGCACGUGAAGAAGAAUUGCGUCGACUAUGUGCUCUUGACAAUUCGUCGGAUCUAACAGUAAAACUCGAAAAAUUAAUUAAAGAUGGGAUCGACGUGAAUGCAAAGAACGGAUUCGGAAAAAAUGCACUUCAUAUUUUGUGCGAAAACAAUUUAAGCUCGGGGUUAAGCGAUACAAUUAAGUUUCUAAUCCAACGGGGCAUCGACGUGAAUGCAAAGGGCAACCAUGAACUGAACGCGCUCCAUUAUUUGUGUCGAAACAAAACCAACACAAGUUUUAUCGGCGCAAUGCAAACCUUGAUCAAACAGGGAAUUGACAUCAACACAACGAACAAAUAUGGAGAAAAUGCUCUUCAUUUUUUGUGUGGAAACUAUUCAACCUCAAACUCAAAAGAAGCAAUUAGAAUAUUAAUCCAAAAUGGGAUUCGCGUCAUACCCAACGGCAACGACCCACGAUCUAUUUUACGCAAAAACAAUCAACUAAGCAACAGAGAUAAGAAAGAAAUUCUUAAACUCCUCGACAGAGCUGCGCUUGCCCAGCGGUGAUAAGAAAAAGAUUCGACACUCGUUAUCUAAAAACGGUCACUUUGCUAUUGUUGUAGUGUUCUUCAUUCGUUUAAGUAAAAUAAGUUGGGGGAGAUAAAAACCGCAAUAAAUCGUGUUGAA